CAAGCCCAGCGGUGUUGCCUCAUCUUCUCGCUUAUUACUUUCUCUGUCAAAAAGACAAUUCUCGGUUCAUCCCCUUCGGCGGCCGACUGCGACGGCCACAGCGACGCCAUGCGUGCCCCCGCAUCUCCUUCCGCCUCACCGGCACCUGACCCCUGCCUUCUGCGGAGCUACGCCGUCGACUCCUUGCAGAGGUGCGACUCGUCGCUGGAAACCUCGUCCCCAUACCAGAGGAGAGGCACCAGGACGUGCGCGCGAGCCCACGGUCCAGAUUGAUGGACGAGGGAGCGGUGGGUGCUGCGCGCCCACUCGCCCAGCCCGUCGGCCCUGGGAGGCGGUGCGGCUGCCAUCUUCCUCCUGCCUCCCUGCUUGCUCCAAGAGGAAGGGGAGAAAAGGUGGAAAUAAUCAAGAUCAUGGAUAUUUUUAGACGUGGUAUGUCUGUGGUGUCCAAGUCUCAAAUCUCAGUUGGCUGUUUUAUUGUGAUUUUUUGGAAUAUUUUCUACACUCUAUUUUCUAUCUAAUCAAAGAGACAUACUCUGUGUACAGAUAUUGUUAAGUGGGUUAUCCUUGAGGCCACAAAAAAGGGAUGGCCGCAUAAAUUCAGUUUUGUGGCUGCUGCAUAGCACACUUUUUUUUUUUUGAGAAACAUAGCACACUUUUUUUUUGAGGCCACAAAAAAGGGAUGGCCGCAUAAAUUUGAUGUGUGGACAGUUAGUGGAGUCCCCUGGCGGCGACACUUGCAUUCUGACUUACGGAUACCACGAAGAACUUGGCAAGAUGGGAUUUGAUGAGAGAAAUCACCGAGUGCUUCAUCCGGGACUGCUAGGGGUUCAAUGGAAACAACCUCGGGAAUCAUGGUUCGUUGCUGGGAUGCUAUUGCUGGCUUCUGUUGGAGGAAUCUUCUUCGCGCCCUUCUUGAGCAAUAUGAAAAGAGAUUGCUUCUCCACUUGAUGCCCUCAGUGUGGUAGGCAGCGUUGGUUUCUUUGGUCGGUUUGGGUCUUCUAAGUCGGCUGUGUAAUAUUUUCCACAUUGGUGUUCCAUUGUGACACUGAAGUGCGUACAAAAUUAGUCCCAUGUAUUUCAUGCAGCUAGGUUUUAUGAAAUACUCCCUCCGUCUAACAUUUUGGGACGGAGGGAGUACUAUGAAAGUAUGCCCAGAUUCAUAAUGCGAUGCACAACCUCCAUGUUUUAUGUAAUGAAAUAUCCAUGUAGCAUGGUAAACUCCCACAGUGCUGCUUCAUAGCCAGUUAGCUACCAAAGAUCCUGUAAACAGUCAGCAUCACCUAGUCGAAAGGCUGGCCCCUCGCCCCAUGAGAGGAUUAAUUCCUGGCCAUGUAAAAUUGUGGUGCAUGCUUCAUCCAAGCAAGCAGUAUCCUGCACCACAGCAAUAGAGAUAAGGUGCUUCAUCCAAGCAAGCAGUAUCCUGCACCACAACAAUAGAGAUAAGGGUUAUGGCUAUUUAUAUUUUCUAACAGUCUUUAGUCCCCUAUUCCUUUCUUUGCUUGCAGUUUGGGCUUGGUCUAAUCAUCAUGUACAUAAUCUAGACUUCUAGAUCGGCAGACUGGCGUUCUCUAGGACAGAUUGGUGGUAAAAAAAGAGUUGCCGGGAGCUCAUUUUAGCAAACUGGAGCGAGUGCAGCUAUGGUUAAUGAUACUGAUACCUGCAUGAUGUUGAAGAAUGAGGCCCAUCUCGAUGCAAGGGGAGUAUACCGUUAUGCAAGAAACUUGUGGGGGUGCCAUGUUAUCCGCAUCGACACACUUGUAUUACUCAAUGCAUUGGUCUACCUAUUCCUUGGCACUUUUGGGUCCCAACGCCGCCGCUCCAGAAACUGGUUCAUCCAAAAAGAUUAACGAGUUGAUGGUUUCCUGCAAACCUAAGCGUAAAUGUGGUGGUUUCUUGCAAUUGACUCCAGCUUAUAGUCUUGAUGACAACAAACACGUAACGAGGGUCAUGUACCGGUUGGUGCUCUACUGUAUCUAUGGGCUGUUGCUUCUGAGUGUGAGUACAAACGAGACUUAUAUCAUCUCUCUUUAUUUGUUUGCUGUUGGUCAAUACAAAAUCAUUUAUGUACAAACGCCAUGUGUGCUGGUAAGCCGCUCAUGGAAUUUGAAUAAAAUGGUCGCUGAUUACAUGUAUGAGGAGCACACCAAAGGUGAAUUUGUUCCAGCCACCAUGAAGGGUUGCCAUUACCUGGUUGAUUGGCCCCUCGACAAAUCCAAGUUGGAUGCUCCAUCAUAUGCAUCACGAUUUACAGCAGAAGACAAUCAAGUCAUUGACAUAGACAAGAUAUGGUUGUGCAAUGACAGUUCACUGGACCAAGAUCUAAAGGAUACGUGCCUUUCCUUCUCUCUUUUUCAUCUGUUGAGGAGGCGCUACUUUGGGUUUACCUGUGGUGAAUCCAAAGAAAGGGCACAUGAUUUCGUCUUCAAGGGGCUGCUACGGGAGAAUGAAGAAGGCACCACAAACUGCAACCGGGCUUUUAGGUUGAUUGAGAUUGAGUUAGCCUUUAUGUAUGAUUUCUUCUUCACCACAUCUGCUGCCAUUUAUUAUGCAUCAACGGCCGCAACAGUUUCACCCUUGAUUUCUUCCUUUUUACUAUGUCUGUCAAUACAAUGGAUAUUCGUCUGGGAACCAUCGCUCAUACAAGAAGGUGAAAUGAAGAUCACUAAUACAGUUACCACCUUAUUCAUACUUGCAUCUGCUGCUUUGCUUGAAUUGCUUCGACUGCUGCUUUACUGGACUGGCAUUUGGAGCAGGGUGUCCUUUGUCUGUCAGUAUCUCAGAGAACAAACAAGAUUGAGCACAAGGGGAAGCUGCUGCUCCUGCUCCUUCUCUUGCUGCUGCUGCUGCAUGCUGCUAAAAUUGAAAGGGCUUCUUGCUAGAAUUGGUGUGCAUUGCUCACCAAACAAACACUAUUGGCAGCACAAGCUUGGGCAGUAUUCUUUACUUGAUUACCGUCCUACCUUCUGUGGCAAGAUCAAGGAAUGUUUGGGUAAAGUAACAGAAGUACAUGCAGCCACAUAUGUAUUGCCUUUCCUCCAUCCAAUUGACAAACACACGCGGAGGGUCCGUCAAAAAUUUGGGAAAUCUAUAGAGUUAACCGCACAAGUACAUAAGGCAAUUAUUUACUCCCUCAAACGAUCCAAUGGUGAACUGACGAAUGGAAAAUCAUCACUAGUGUCCAACAGAGCAGGGCACCUUUUAUGGGCUUGUGAACGGGGCGUGCACUCAGAAUCGGACACAAGCUGCAUCAUUCUGACUUGCACAUUGCAACAUGGUACUGCGAGAGAGGGACGCUUGGAUGUGGCCCUCGCCCGGAUGAGGGAACCGAGCUCAAGAUCCAUCUUGGUGUUGCCACAAAGCUGUCGAAAUACUGCGCAUACCUUCUGGUCUCCGCACCAAAACUUCUUCCAGGGCACGAAUAUGAUACAAGUCGUGUGUUCGAUGCAGUGGCAGGGGAGGCCAAGAGAUUUCUGCCAUAUGGGAGGGAUAAAUAUCAAGCACUGAAGGAUUAUGGAGAGGAAGAGUCAGAGGCUACCAUCUUGCAGAGUGGCGCUAAGCUGGGCAAGCAGCUUGCGGAGAUAGAAGAUGUUACCAGGCGUUGGAAGGUGCUAGCUGAUUUCUGGUCUGAGAUGCUGCUCUACAUUGCGCCAUCAGAUAAUGUCGACGAGCACAUCGAGCAGCUCAC